CCGCUCACCCAGCGCUGGUCUACUCGCCAGGAAGGCGGCGUCAGCAGCGGCUGCUCACGCUGUGCCCACUCCCGCGCGCGCUGCGCUCCCGCUGCGGGUGGGCUCCUCAGCCCUUGGCUGGCGGUGGCCCCAGCCUUGAGGCGUCCUCUGUAUCCCACCUUCCCACUGCGGGGGCGUCCCGGCACGUGCAAUCCAUCUUUGGGGUGUUCUUGGUUCCCACGCGCAGCUACUAAGCAGAGGGUACCCAACUUUGCCACCUCACCGGUCGCCCUCUCUCGGCGCGAGCCUGUCCACUCAGCUGCACAACUGGAGACUCCAGCAGACGAGCUGGUCCCCAGCCUGGCGCGCUGCGAGAGGAGGAUAGCUCUGGACAAGUGGCGGGGUGCAGUGGCUGCUGCUGCCUCGACUUCCCUCGUAGCGCACUGAAGAGGACCCUUGGAGCAGCUCCGGGCCCCGGGGCGCUGGAUGACUAGCAGGAGGAACGCACCCCGCAUCUGGGCUGGUGUGUGACAACCGGGCUUCCGUGCCCAUGUGGCUGUGCAGUUCAGUGUGAUUCAUGACCGAGGCCUCACGUCUCUGCCCUCUCUCUCCUCGGUACUUUUCACACAUGAGGAGAAGGUGAGCUUCGCAGAAGACACGUUCCCAGAGUCAGAGACCCCUUGCCCACCAUGAAGGGAGCCUGCAUCCUUGCAUGGCUGUUCUCAAGUCUGGGUGUGUGGAGACUCGCUCGGCCUGAGACACAAGACCCUGCCAAAUGCCAGAGAGCUGAGCACCCCGUCGUCUCUUACAAAGAAAUUGGCCCCUGGUUACGGGAGUUCAGAGCCAAGAAUGCUGUGGAUUUCUCGAGGUUAACAUUUGACCCAGGACAGAAAGAACUUGUCGUAGGAGCGAGAAACUAUCUCUUCAGACUAGAGCUUGAGGAUCUGUCGCUCAUCCAGGCUGUGGAGUGGGAGUGUGAUGAAGCCACCAAGAAGGCCUGUUACAGCAAGGGCAAAUCGAAGGAGGAAUGUCAGAACUACAUACGAGUGCUCUUAGUUGGCGGGGACCGGCUAUUCACCUGUGGGACCAAUGCCUUCACACCUGUUUGUUCCAUCCGCUCGUUAAGUAACCUGACUGAGAUCCAUGAUCAGAUCAGUGGCAUGGCCCGCUGUCCUUACAGUCCCCAGCACAAUUCUACAGCCCUACUCACUGCCAGUGGCGAGCUCUAUGCUGCUACAGCCAUGGAUUUCCCAGGGCGAGAUCCAGCCAUUUACCGAAGCCUGGGCUCUUUACCUCCUCUUCGAACUGCACAGUACAACUCCAAAUGGCUCAAUGAACCAAACUUUGUGUCUUCCUACGACAUCGGAAAUUUCACCUACUUCUUCUUCCGAGAAAACGCCGUGGAACAUGACUGUGGGAAGACGGUGUUCUCCAGGGCCGCCCGGGUCUGUAAAAAUGACAUUGGAGGGCGAUUUCUUCUGGAGGAUACGUGGACUACGUUCAUGAAGGCUCGCCUCAACUGCUCCCGGCCUGGUGAGGUGCCCUUCUACUACAAUGAGCUGCAGGGUACUUUCUUCCUGCCUGAACUGGAUCUGAUCUAUGGCAUCUUCACCACCAAUGUAAACAGCAUUGCUGCCUCCGCUGUCUGUGUCUUCAACCUGAGCGCCAUCUCACAGGCCUUCAAUGGACCCUUCAAGUACCAAGAGAACUCUCGCUCAGCCUGGCUGCCUUAUCCCAACCCCAACCCCAAUUUUCAGUGCGGCACCAUGGACCAGGGCCUGUACGUAAACCUGACGGAAAGAAACCUACAGGAUGCUCAGAAGUUCAUUCUGAUGCAUGAAGUGGUACAGCCAGUGACCACGGUGCCCUCUUUCAUGGAGGACAACAGCCGCUUCUCCCAUUUGGCUGUUGAUGUUGUGCAAGGCAGAGAUACUCUGGUCCACAUCAUCUAUCUGGCCACAGAUUAUGGCACCAUUAAGAAAGUACGAGCGCCCCUGAGUCAGAGCUCAGGCAGCUGUUUGCUGGAAGAGAUUGAGCUUUUCCCAGAGAGAAGGAGUGAGCCCAUCAGGAGCCUGCAGAUCCUCCACAGCCAGAGCGUCCUAUUUGUGGGACUACAGGAGCAUGUGGCCAAGAUCCCCCUGAAGAGGUGCCACUUCCAUCAAACACGCAGUGCCUGCAUUGGCGCUCAGGACCCUUACUGUGGCUGGGAUGCGGUGAUGAAGAAGUGCACCAGCCUGGAGGAGAGUCUGAGCAUGACCCAGUGGGAUCAGAGCAUCCCCACCUGUCCGGUAUGUGCAUGCCCUCUCCAACUUCCAAAAGCAUUGUCCGUUCGAGGCAGACCUACAUAGCUUACCUUUCGAAGUAGAUCCAUUGUUGCAAACCCA